AUGGAUAUGGCCAAAAGAAAUCAUGCUGGAGAGAAGCCUUAUAAAUGUAGAGAAUGUCACAAAGCCUUCAGCUGUUACUCAAGCCUUAUUCGACAUCAGAUAAUUCAUCAUGGAGAGAAACCUUAUAAAUGUGAAGAAUGUGGGAAAGCCUUUAACAAGUGUUCAGGCCUUACAAAACAUCAGAGAAUUCAUUCUGGAGAGAAGCCUUAUAAAUGUGGAGAAUGUGGCAAAGCAUUUAGUCAGUGUUCAACCCUUACCCAUCAUCAGAGAAUUCAUACUGGAGAGAAGCCUUAUGAAUGUAGAGAAUGUGGGAAAGCCUUUAACCGGAGUUCAAAUCUUACAAAACAUCAGAGAAUUCAUUCUGGAGAGAAGCCUUAUAAAUGUAGAGAAUAAUGUGGCAAAGCUUUUAUCCAGAGCUCACAUCUUACUCAACAUGAGGUCAUUCAUUCUGGAAAGAAGCCUUACAAAUGUAAAGAAUGUGGCAAAGCUUUUAUCCAGAGCUCACAUCUUACUCGUCAUCAGAUCAUUCAUUCUGGGAAGAAACCUUAUAAAUGCAAAGAAUGUGGCAAAACUUUUACCCAGAGCUCACAUCUUAGUCGACAUCAGAUCAUUCAUUCUGGAGAGAAGCCUUAUAAAUGUAUAGAAUGUGGCAAAGCUUUUAGUCAGUGUUCAAACCUUACCGAUCAUCAGAGAAUUCAUAUUGGAGAGAAGCCUUAUAAAUGUAGAGAAUGUGGCAAAACCUUUAUGCGGAAUUCAAAUCUUACUCAACAUCAAAGGAUUCAUUCUGGAGAGAAGCCUUAUACAUGUAGAGAAUGUGGCAAAGCCUUUACCCUGGGCUCACAGCUUACUAAACAUCAGAAAAUUCAUUCUGGAGAGAAGCCCUAUAAAUGUAGAGAAUGUGGCAAAGCCUUUACCCAGGGGUCACUUCUUACUCAACAUCAGAAUAUUCAUUCCGGAGAGAAGCCUUAUAAAUGUAGAGAAUGUGGCAAAGCUUUUAGAUGGAGAAUUUAUAGUGAAUAG